UUUCAGAAAAAAAGGAAAUCAGAUAUUUUGGGAUGUGAUGCCAGGAGAAAACAAAUUUUAUAAAUAUUUUGUAGUUUACCCAUUCAAUGUGCUUUCAAUUUCCAAAAUUACUAUCAUUAUACUGUUGAUAUUAUCUCUUUACGGAUGGGACACAAAACAACGAAUUUCCGGUAGCAAUUUUCUCCUGGCAAUUUAUGAUAUUCUUGCAAUUGGAAUAGCGUCAAUAUCCCUAUGGUUUAUUGUUCAAAAGUUUUAUUGGAUUAAAGUGGAAUCUGUGUUUAACAUAAUUGGUAUCCUACUCUCUCUAGCUUCAAUUUCCACAAGUUUUAUCACAACUCUUGAUCCAGCGUCUAUACAAUCCCUCACCCACAUCCUCACACUCAUUAUCUGGAUAUUUUCUGCAUUUUGGGCAUGGCGUGAGACUUACAACAAUGUGAGUAACUUGUUCAUAUCCGAAUGGGGACAAGGCGGCGAGGAAACGGAAAUCGAAUACCUGGAGCAACAUUUUUGAAUAUAAAACCUAUAUCGCUCUCUGAAUGCAUAACGACCAUCUUGCCAAUUUAAUUCUAAUGUGUAAAUAGUUCGUGUAGUAUGGGUAUACCUAUGUGUGAAUCAAUAUUUUCGUGCAAUAAAUUAUGAAUUCAUU